CUAGCUACAAGUGUCAUCGAGGCCAGCAAAGCCCGGUGUUCGUCUCGGCCUGCCCACCUCCGCGCGGACUCCUGCACAUUCGGUCAUUGCUCGCCGUCACUCUUUAUAAACCCCCAACGUUCAUUUUUCAGGGCUCUGCCCCCUUUCUUAACGACAACCGACAGCAUGCGCGCAGUGACCUUGGUUUCUACGCUUCUUGCGGUACCCGCCGCUUUCGCUGCGACUGCCUCUGACUGGCAGGGCAGAUCGAUCUACCAGUUUAUAACUGACAGAUUUGCGACCUCGGAUGGUUCUAGUCCUCCCUGCGAUACGUCCCAGGGGCAGUAUUGUGGCGGGACGUGGCAAGGCGCCAUCAGCAAGCUUGACUACAUCCAAAAUAUGGGUUUCGAUGCUAUCUGGAUCUCACCGGUGGUGAAAAAUCUCGAAGGAAACACCAGCUAUGGAGAGGCCUUCCACGGAUACUGGACCCAGGAUCCGACCCAGCUGAAUUCGCACUUUGGUUCGGCCUCAGACCUCAACGCGCUGUCCGAUGCCCUACACAAGCGCGGCAUGUACCUCAUGGUGGACAUUGUCAUUAACCACCUCGCCGCUCCGACCAAUCCGCCCCAGUACACCUCUCUUUACUCUGCGCCGUUCAACACCGAAUCAUCUUUCCAUACAGAGUGUUGGAUUAACGCAACCGACUACCCAACCCCGCCUUGGAAUCCCGGCAACCAGACACGUGUCGAGCAGUGCUGGCUCGGUGACACGAAUGUUCCGCUGGCCGAUAUCAACACUGAGGACCCGAACCUAGUACAGUUCUGGUACAACUGGGUUGCCAACAUGACGAAGACCUACAGUGUCGACGGAUACCGUAUUGAUACAGCCAAACACAUCAGGCAGGAUUUCUGGACGGAGUUCCAGGCGAGUGCUGGUGUCUGGUGCGUCGGUGAAGUUUUGGCGAACCAGACCGAGUACGUCGGUCCAUACACGAAGUUUCUGCCUGCGGUUCUGGAUUACCCCACGUGGUAUCCUCUUGUCAGCGGUUUCAUGAACCCGCAAGGCAACCUGUCUGCGCUUGUGGACACGGUUCAACAAACUCAGAGCACGUACGGCAAUGGUAGCUAUAGCGGAAGCGUUAUCGCAUCCUUCCUCGAAAAUCAGGAUCAGCCUCGCUUUGGUGGUCAGACCUCCGACCAGGCACUUAUCAAGAACGCCAUGGCAUGGCCUUUUGUACAGGACGGUAUCCCCAUCAUGUACUACGGCCAGGAGCAGGGUUAUACUGGUGGAGCUGAUCCCGCUAACCGCGAGGCUCUCUGGUUGUCUGGCUACGAAACAGACAAGCCUCUGGUCCAGCAUGCUCAAGCACUUAACGCUGCCCGCAAGGCCGCCGCAUCCGCCAACAGCAACUUCUACAACACGUCCCUCAAGUUUAUCGAAUCCUCGGCCUCUCAGAUUGUAGCCUCGAAGCCGCCUCUGCUCGCCCUUCUUACCAACCAGGGCUCAUCGUCCUCGCCCCAGUGGACGGUCAGCUCUGCAGGCUACCAGCCAAACGAGGACCUUGUCGACGUCGUGAGCUGCACGAAGGUUACCGCCGACAGCAACGGCGGCGUUUCGGCUACAGCGCAAGGCGGAAACCCGAUGGUGCUCGUCCCCGCCUCGGCGCUCAACAAGAGCGGCAGCGUCUGCCAGAGCCUCGCGACUGGCAGCGGCAAUGGCAACAGCACUAGCAGCGGCAAUCAGUCGUCCUCGGCGAAGAUCAGCGCGGGCCUGCACUGGACGUCGAUCAUCGCCACUAUCGGUGCCGCCGCUUUCAUCGCGAAGCUCGUCGCUUAGACGUGGCUGACUUCUUAUGUGUACCGUGAGAUGGGGAGCUAAAAUCUUGUUCGACUAUUUUUAGUUUUGUAUGGCCUUCGGCCCCCUGUACAUUCAUUUCCAUUUCCCUUCUUUUCGGACGCUUAACGCGUAGUAUAGUAUGGAUAGGGUAGUGUUAAUGUUGUAGAAAUUGGGAUGUGUUCCUUUGAGCAGAC